AUGAAAAAGCUUUUACAGACAAAUUCUACUGCUACUAAGAACGAUCACAAAGUUGAAGUUGACACCGAUAAUUCUCCUCUGUCUACUGAUGAUCUUCCCACCCUGGUACUCACAUCCUUCCAGAAUAAGCUCUACGACUACAACAUAUCUCUUGGUGGGCCUUUAAGGAACCAGGAGCUUCGUUUAGACAUUGCCAAUGGUCUCAUGUGGGUUCCUGGUGCCCCCUAUUUCAAGCCUUGUUCUGGGGAUAGUGAUGAAGAUGAGCAGUCUUCUUCGACCUCAACUUCCACGUCCUCAGAAUCUAGAUCUUCCUCCUCUUCUUCUUCUUCUUCCGUAUCUUCUACAAAUUCGCUUGUCGAGAAUUCCACUGUGGCAUGUGCAGAUCUUGGCACUUUCAAUAUCAGCAACUCUUCUUCAGGUUUCUUUUACUCCUUAGAUACUGGUGAUGUUUCUGAGGCCUCAGAGGCCUCUCCUUUGGCUACAUUAUUCUCUGACUACAUUUAUCUCUCUGGUUAUUGGGCCAGAGACAACGUUUCUGUGCCGAUGUCCAACUACAGUAUGUCUUCGUCGCAAUCCAGCAAGGCCGUUGAUCAGCUUAUGAGGAGGACUAAUGAUGAUGAUAACGAUGACGAUAACUCUGCAGGUUUGUUUAGUCUUUCCAGCAAAUCUGACUAUAACGUAUCUCUCGGCAAUACUCUUUUCAUCUAUGCAAAUGCUUCAGAUGUCGGUACCGGCGGAUUGGGAGUGGGGUUGGGUACUGAGGAUUCUUUGGACUCGAAUUUCCUCAACAAUUUCGUACGUGCCGGAGUGAUUAACUCUAAUUCCUACUCUCUAUCUCUCAACCCAUCCAACGAGACAUAUGCUGAAUUGAUUUUAGGAGGUAUUUCUACUGACAAGUACAAUGGAGAACUAUGCAACUUUCCAUUCAUUCCCGUUAAAGACGAAAGCGGUUCUAUGAUCACUUCAAAUGGUGGAAUAUCCAACUCACUUCCCGUCGUUCCAAUUAGCGGCUUUGGCGUUACAUCUAACACCAAUGGAAACUCACUGCUGUUCUCUUCCACAUACGAUGAUCAAGUCAACCAGAAUAGCUACCCUAAACCAGCUUUGCUUGACUCUAGAACUUACUACAAUUAUGUGCCUUUCUCUACACUCAUCGAGAUUGCUGUUGAAUUGAACGCGUAUUACGCAGAGUCCUUUGGAGCUUGGCUUGUUGACUGCAGUGCGGGACUAUCAGGAACCUUGGACGUGUAUAUGGGUAAUACUUCCAUUAACAUGAACAUCUCCAACCUUCUCUAUCCUGCCCACGACGACAACGAAACCAGCUUAUUUUUUUCCAACGGAGAUCAGGCAUGUUUCUUGGCUCUGUUGCCAGACUAUCUCGUCGGUUAUUCCAUAUUGGGUACCCCUUUCCUUAGACAUGCCUACUUGGCCGUUGAUAAUGACGGCAAACAACUCGCUCUAGGCAAGGCUGUUGUUAAAGGUAAAUCUCAAAAUAAUGAUACUGGCUAUUCCGGUACUAAUACAGCAGACAAAAAAUCUCUCUACCCAAUAUCGUCGGGUACUAUACCAUUUGCCAAGGCAAAUAACAUUACAGACUAUUCUGACUUGACCUUGACGAUACCUGCUUCUAUUAAUAUUACAAACAACCUGAGUGUCACCUCAGAGGUUGUGAUUUCUGAUGGCGAGGUGAUCGUUACCGGAAUAAACCAAAAAACUAGAACAUAUGUCUCUACGCCAGUUUCUUCGACUUCUGCAAACGUUUCCGGAUAUUCCGGAACUUCUAAAAAUGGUCUGCCUGGUUGCAGUAAACAUUUUCCGUUUGUUGCAAGUCUUAUGACCUUGCUUAUUGCAUUACUUUGA